AUGGCGAUCCACCUGCUGGCGUUCAUGGCGGCCAAGGGGUUCGUGCAGGUGUUCCAGGUCUCGGCGCCGCUGCUGUGGCCGCUCAACCUCUGGCUGCCCCUCCCGCGCAACCUGCCGGAGGUCUGCGUCGUCGUCUGCAGCGCGCUCGCCGCCCACGUCGCCUGGCUGCGCCGCGCCUACGCCCGCCGCGGCUCCCGAAGCCGCGACGACGACGACAGCGAGCUCCACCGCCAGGCGCUCGUCGACGCCUCCGCGUACUGA